CAUCUGUGGCUGUUAUGUGACCUAAAGUGGUUAGAAAAUCUUUGUCAACUAACUCUUUAAGGAUAACAUUUUUCUUUAAAACAAGUCUCUGGGAGCAUGAUGCCAUCCAUUCAAAUUGUCUCAUUUUCCAUCUUCUAAUUGUUCUUGACUCCAGCCCCUCAAACUCAAAUUUGUGCACCUAGGAAUGGUUUGCCAAAGGGUCGUUCUCCGCAAAAGACAGGUAUAGCCUAGCUUCAACCUCUUGCGUCCCCAUCCCUCAGGCUUUCCAUCUUCUAGACUCACCUUGCUGCUCAAACAGGUUUUGAGGUGGCCCCAUCUCACUCCUCCCCUGUAGCUCCAGCUCUUAGGGUGGGUGGAUAGAGCACCAUGCCCCACCCCUGGGCUCAGAUCCUUGAGUCAGUGAGAUGUUUCCACCCAAAUCAAAUCAAAACCAAGAAGCAGGGAGUUGAAACUGAGGGACCUACUGCCAGGUAAGAAUCCUAUUUCCCCUGGCUUUAUCACAGACCUCUUAGUAUCCUUUUUCAUUUUCCUAUUAACCAUAACACUUGUCACCUGUGCUUUAACCCUAAACUGACCUAAGUUCACAAUUCUCCCAUACACUCAUUCCCUUUAUUCACAUUAGUCCCCCUUUUGCCUUUUUUCCGAAUACUUUCUCAUCUAUUCCCUUUCCAUCUCUUCCUCAGUUUCUCCUGGAACCUUCCUCCCUCUUUAUCUACCAAGUCUCCCCAAAACAGUGAUCAAUUUGGACAGUGCUAUUAAACCAGUUUAUUUCUGGUGGUGGAGAAAAAGGUAAGAAAAAGGAAGUCCUAGGGAAAGAAUUUAACCAGUAAACCACCUCAUGCAUGAGUCAUUGCAAAAACUUGUUAAGAAAAUUCCUGGUCAGACAACAUUCCUGAGAAAUGGCCUAUGCUACUUGGAUAUUCUUAAGAGGAUUUGAAAUCCAGAUUUGGGGUUUAGGAUCCCAUAUACCCUGACAGACUGUCUUCUACAGGUAAUGGGAGAAGAAGAAAUGGCAUUGGAAACCUUGGUGAACAUAGAGACUGAUUCUCCUCAAGCUUCACUUCCUGUUGGCUGCAAUAGAUACUCGCUCCGAUGUCUUGCAGCCACUAGCAUCAUCUGUGGCUGCUCCUGUUUUGGAAUCAUGGCUCUUGUGUUUGCUGUCAAGGCUGAGGAACGACAUAAGGCUGGGAAGCCGGAGGAAGCAUUGUUCUGGGGGAAUCGAGCUAGGCGGCUUGCCCUGGCUAGUAUUGCAGUGUGGCUUGGAGUGCUUGUACUGGGACCCCUGCUAUUCUGGCUUCUAUCAUACGCCAUUGCCCAAGCAGAGUGAUCCUACUGUGACAAACCUGGACAGCAUGAAGUUGUCCUGUGGCAUCAUAGGUGGACCUCACAGCAAGGUCCUUCAUCCUGACCAGAAGAACAAGAUCCCCCAGAUCCUGGAGGAUAUUUAAGUACCUUUCAAAAAGUGGUUUCCAGAGUCUGCCUUCCCAAUAUGCAGGCAACAGAGUCAUUCAGAUGGGACUGAUAAUAAAAGGUUUGGACUUGCAUGGACUCACUCCUGCCCUUGGGACCUUAGCCCAUAUAUGGGGUUGGAGAAUAGGCAGCUCUGAUUACAAUCUUGUAAUUAAAAAAAAAAAAAAAAAACCUUUUUCAAGUGAAGAUAAAAUGUUUCAAUAUA